AUGUAUAAGAAAAGAAGUAAAAUUGGUAAAAAAGCACGUACUUCGCGGGAAAGUAAGAGUAGUGAAAGAGUAGAAGAAAUAGUCAUAAACAGUAAUGAAAAUUCUGAUGACAGCAGCGUCAUUGUGCCAGUGGUAAACCGUGCAAGAAGAUUAAUUAUAUCUGACAGUGAUGAAGAGGAAAAUCCUAGACCUGAUUUGAGUGUUAAGUGGAAUUGGAAGGAAACUGAUAACACUAUUAAAAUUUGGGAAUAUUCCGACUCUCAUGGUGUAAAAGACUAUGUUUUAGAUCAGUUAGAAACACAUGACGGACUAUUAGAUUUAUUUUUUAUUGUGUUCGACGACAGUUUCUGGGACAUUGUAGUUACGCAAACAAAUCUAUAUGCCCAACAAAUAAUGAGCAAUGGGAGAAGAAAGAAAGUGGAUGAUGGUUGGUUUCCAGUCACCAAAGAUGAGAUGUUGGCUUAUUAUGCGUUGUGUGUUUUGAUGACGCAAGUCAAAAAACCUAAUAUACAAAUGCAUUGGUCUAAGCGGGAAGUGAUAGAAACUCCUAUAUUUGGGAAAGACCGCUUAGCAUACAAACAAUUUAAUCCAUCCAAACGAGCCAGGUUUGGAAUAAAAAUAUAUAAACUAUGUGAAGCAAAAAGUGGAUUCUGCAGCAAGUUUAAAAUAUAUAUUGGCCAAGAUAAAAUUAACCCAAAUGACAGUGCAUCGGAAAAUGUUGUAGUGGAAUUGACAAAACCGGUAGUAAAUAAAGGAUACACAUUGUAUAUGGACAACUGGUAUUCCUCACCCGCUCUCUUUCUAAGAUUGCACAAUCAAAAGACAAAUGUUAUCGGCACCGUGCGUAAUACCAGGAAAAAUAUGCCGAAAGAUCUUGCACCAAAGAAAUUAAAACCAGGAGAAUAUCUAUACAGAGCCUGCAAUGGGUUGUUAGCUGUAAGAUGGAAAGAUAAACGUGAUGUUUAUAUGUUGACAACCAAACAUGCAUCUGUAGAAUUGAUCGAGGUGAGGGACAGACACGAUAGGACCAAAUUGAAACCCAAUUGCGUGAUUGAAUACAACAAUGGAAUGGGUGGAAUUGACCUCAAUGACCAAAUCUGCCUGACUACACAAGACGCUUGGUAUCUGCAGGAAGUGAAACACCAACAGGCACAAUAUUGGGCUCAUUUCGCAAAACAUAUUGAUCCAACUACUGCAAAGCAACAUCCAACUAGGAUGUGUAAAAUCUGGUGA